GCUGGCAACGCAGCGUCACUCGACUUGGAGUGUAUCGGGUGGGGAGCGGAGGAUUUAUGGGGGAAAAAAAUAGAAAAAAAUAUAUAUAUAUAUGUAGCCUAUUUUAUAAAAGCAUGUUAAUUCACCGAAAAUAAUCGCGGGCUGUGGCGCAUCACUUCGGUACCACAGGCCGCGACGGAGCCGCGUCGGAUGGUGGGCGGAAUGAUGGAGGUGAUGAUGGUGAUGAUGGUGAUGAUGCUUCCCCGUAUGAACCGCUGAUACACUGGGACGGUAGGACCGCGGCUGCUGCUGCUGCUGGUGAGGAUUAUCCAGAAGGAGGAAGGAAGACAGGGAGGAGGGGGAGGCAACGAGCAGCAUCCUCCGGUAGGCUGCAUUCACAGAAACACCGACCUGAAAUAAAAUAGUAAUCAUUAUAAUAACACCCCCUCCCGCCUCCCUCGUGGGUUUGGAUUGGAUAUUUCUUUUUUUUUUUUUUUUUUUUCUUUUUUUUGUCGCCUAAUGUUGGAGCCCGGCCUUCGGGGAAGGAAACGCGUGAACACCCAACAGGACGGACUUCCAGUUGUUACGCAAUCAGAGAGUGUCCCAGCGGCUCCUCUCUAGCGCCGGAACCUGUGCGGCCGUUUUCGAGGGCAGCGGGGGAUUAUUGGGGCUCCCCGCUCUUUUUGCUGCGUGUGUGAGAGCGUGAGUGUGCGUGCGUGUGAGUGGGGACCAGUGGGGUGGGGGGUGGGGGGGUAGGACCAUAUUGGACGCUGAUCGUAGAGAUUGGACUCAGCGGAUAUUUAGAAGAUGUCGGGGCAGACGCUGACAGAUCGCAUCGCCGCGGCUCAGUACACCCUGACGGGCUCUGAGGUCUCCAGGGCCGUGUGUAAGGCCACUACACAUGAGCAGACAGCCCCAAAGAAAAAACACCUGGAAUACCUGAUCCAGGCCACCCAGGACUCCAACGUGAACGUCCCCCAGAUGGCAGACACGCUGUUGGAGAGGGUGGGCAACGCCAGCUGGGUGGUGGUUUUCAAAGCCCUGAUCACCACACACCACCUCAUGGUGCACGGCAACGAGAGAUUCGUCCAGUUCCUGGCAUCUAGGAACACUUUGUUCAACCUCAGCAACUUCCUGGACAAAACCGGCUCCCACGGCUACGACAUGUCAACGUUCAUCAGACGCUACAGCCGCUAUCUCAACGAGAAGGCCUUCGCCUACAGACAGAUGUCCUUCGACUUUGGACGAGUUAAAAAGGGAGCCGACGGAGCGAUGAGGACCAUGUCGGUGGAGAAGCUGUUGAAAGGAAUGCCGAUCCUGCAGAGCCAGAUCGACUCGCUUUUGGAUUUUGAGGUUCACCCCAAAGAUCUGAACAACGGCGUGAUAAACGCCUGCUUUCUCCUUCUCUUCAAAGAUCUCAUCAAGCUGUACGCCUGCUACAACGACGGCAUCAUCAAUCUGCUCGAGAAAUUCUUCCAGAUGAAGAGGAGCCAGUGUAAAGACGGACUGGAGAUCUACAAGAGAUUUCUGACGCGGAUGACCCGGGUGUCUGAGUUCUUCAAAAUUGCAGAGCAAGUGGGAAUAGACAAAAACGACAUACCAGAGCUCACUCAGGCCCCUGAAAGUCUUUUGGAGUCUCUCGAGACUCAUCUCAACACCCUGGAGGGGAAGAAGCCAUCGCCCACCAAGGAUGCAACAGCCAACAACAGUACUCCUGCUGCUGCCGCUGCAGCACCAGCCAAACCUGCUCCUCCUGCUGCAGCCGGCGGGCCUCCGGCUCGUCCCGGUCCGCCUGCGAAACCCCCGCCGCCCUCGGUCACUCCGACCGCACCGGCCCCUGCCACCGCCGUCACCAGCAACGCGCUGGACGACGGGUUCCUUUUGGAUCUCGACCCGAUGUCGUCCUCGUCAGCAGGGGGGGCUGCAGCCGCGUCCAUGACUGGAUGGGGAGAUCUCUUGGCAGGCGCCGCCCCAGCCGCCACCAAUGGCGCGCCUCAAGCUCUCGCGGCAGACGGGAAGCCGACUGAUGCCGCAGGCGCUGCUGCUGCCGUCACCACCGCCCCUGCUGCCACCGCCACCGUUGCUGCGCCUGCAGCCGCCGCAGUUGCUGCGCCGGCAACCGCUUCCGGAGCCACCGCUGCUGCAGCUGCACCGGUGCCGCCCCCCACAUCGCUGCCUGUCUCUGCUCCUGCUGCCACUGACAUCGACCUUUUUGGAGAUGCGUUUGCACCUUCCCCAGGAGACGGUCCUGCUGCCGCGGCCGCGGGCCCCGCUGCUGAUGCAUUUAGUGGAUCUGACCCCUUCGCUACCACGGAAGGGAGCUCAAGCCUCGCUCCAGAGCUGGACCUGUUCGCUAUGAGGCCUUCUGACUCGGAGGCCGCCACCGCCAUCACUCCUCCCACCUCUGGCGAAGCGCCGACCGCCAUCGCCCCCAUCGCUGCCCCCGCUGCUCCCGCCCCUUCCUCCACUACUACUACCACCACCACCACCGACACCACCACCACAGAGUCUGCAGCCGCCCCGACUCUAGAUAUCUUUGGUGAUAUGUUUGAUUCUAUGCCUGAGCAAAGCCCUACCACAGAAUCCAAAGCCGCUACCACUCCUAGCGUAGACCUUUUUGGUGCAGACCUACCUGCUGUUUCACGCGGGCCCUCUCCGUUGCCCGAGCCGGCUUCUGUUGGAGACAUUGUGACGGAUACGUUUACAUCUCCAGCUCCAACCGCCACGCCGUCUCCUGCCCCAACUCCUGCCCCGGCCCCGACUCCCGUACCAGAAGCCUCCUCUCCACCCAAACCAGAGCCAGAGCCGGUCAUUGACCUACUGGACUCCUUCAGCGGACCUGUGGAGGAGAAGCAAAGCUCUGCCCCGGGAGGCGACCUGCUGGGAGGCCUGAUCUCCCCCACGCUGGCUCCCACGACCGCCCUGGCCCCGGCCCCGGUGCAGAACGACCUUCUGGAGACCGGCUUCGACUCGCUGGCCUCGCUCCCGUCCCCGACACCGCCGGUGCCCGCCGCGGCUUCGGUAGUGCCGAUGGCUCCGACCGCGGCGACGUCAGAACCUGCGUCCGCCACGCCAGCGCCCUCCGGUGGCUUCGACGCAUCAAUGUUCGGCGGACUAGGCGACUUGCUGAUGCCGGCGGUGACGCCGCAGAGCACCGGAGGCAGCACAACGGGCAGCACCGGGACCCCCAGCGCACCAGGAGGAAUAUCAGCCCUCCCUCCCGCCACCCCGCCUCCCGCCAAGACCAUCGGAGGAGACCUGGACUCGUCGCUGGCCAACCUAGUUGGAGACCUUGGAAUGAAGAAAAAGGACCCGCUUGGCGAGAAGAAGCUGACAGGGGGCGCCAACUGGAUGCCGCAGGUCGCUCCCACAAGCUGGGGCUCCCCAGGGGCCCCCAUGGCGCCAGGAGCAGCGCCCCCUGGUGCACCGAUGGUGCCAACAAUGAGCGCGCAGCCUGGCUUUGGCAUGCCUCCUGCUGGAGGUCCAGGGGUCCCAAUGAUGCAGCCCAUGAUGGGGCAGCCUAUGAUGGGGCAGCCCAUGAUGAGACCUCCGUUCACGGGGGUUGCUGGAGCUGCACCGGGAGCGCCGCUUUCUUCAGGACCUGCAAAUCAGAGCCCCAAGAAGCCCAAGGACCCUCUGGCAGACCUCGACCUCAAGGACUUCUUAUAAUACCCCAGCUGCUUUUCUCGUCUGGAUCGGAGCCUUCUCAGCGUUUACCUGGCGCCCGUCAACAUCUCGAGAUGCCAGCAAUGUUGCAUUCCUGUUUUUCUCCUCCUCACCUGUCCAUG